UAUUACUGGAUGGAGUAAAAAAUAUAUAUAGAUAAUCAAUUCUCUUUCAUCUUUAGCUUCUUUCUAUAGAUGCCCAAACAUCUCUCUGAGUCUCUGGUGUUUUCCUGGAAUUUCUGGGUACUGGGUACUGUCUGCACGUUAAAGUUGAGAUAAUAAGUGAGUUUUUGGGUAUUUGUGGUUUUGGGUGUCUUUGAUUUUUUGAUGUAUGCAUUUAUUAGCUGAGUAUUGAAGAAGAAUUGAAGAAGAGAAAAUUAAUCUGGGUUGUGGUGAAGUGGCAAAGCCCAUGUCAGUUCAUAGCUCAACUGCUUCUUGGAAGUCCGUUGAUGCGGUCUCCGAUCAGUUUCCGGCGGGUCUCCGGGUGCUUGUUGUGGAUGAUGACCCCACUUGUCUCAGGAUCUUAGAGAAGAUGCUAAGAACUUGCCACUAUGAAGUAACUACGUGCAAUAUGGCGGAGGUUGCAUUAUCUCUGCUCCGGGAAAAUAAAAACGGCUUUGAUAUUGUUCUAAGCGAUGUACACAUGCCAGACAUGGAUGGUUUCAAGCUUCUUGAGUACAUUGGACUCGAGAUGGAUCUUCCCGUCAUUAUGAUGUCGGCAGAUGAUAGUAAGAAUGUCGUGAUGAAGGGUGUUACGCACGGUGCGUAUGACUAUCUGAUAAAACCGGUCCGGAUUGAAGCGCUGAAGAACAUAUGGCAACAUGUAGUUCGCAAAAGGAAGCAUGAGUGGAAGGACAAGGAUAUUGAGCAAUCGGGAAGUGUGGAAGACGGAGACCGACAGCAAAAGCCAUCCGAAGAUGUCGAUUACUCGUCUUCGGCAAAUGAAGGGAAUUGGAAAAGCUCGAAGAAAAGGAAGGACGAGGAAGAUGAAGGCGAAGAAAGGGAUGAGACAUCUGCACUGAAGAAGCCACGUGUGGUUUGGUCGGUGGAGCUCCAUCAACAAUUUGUAGCAGCUGUUAAUCAAUUGGGAAUCGACAAGGCUGUUCCAAAGAAAAUUCUGGAAUUGAUGAAUGUACCCGGGCUUACUAGAGAAAAUGUUGCAAGCCACCUGCAGAAAUAUCGCCUUUAUCUAAGGAGGCUGAGUGGUGUGUCACAGCAUCAAAGUGGACUGAACAGCUCUUUCAUGGGGCCACCGGACCCACCCUUUGGGACGAUGUCUUCGCUCAAUGGACUCGAUUUUCAAACCCUAGCGGCCACGGGCCAAAUUUCAGCUCAGAGUCUGGCUUCACUCCAGGCAGCAGCACUUGGCAGGUCAGCUACGAAACCAGCAAUAUCGAUGCCCCUAGUAGAUCAAAGAAACCUGUUUAGCUUCGAAAAUCCAAAGUUCAGAUAUGUGGAAGGCCAGCAGCAACUGAACAAUAAUAAUAAACGAAUUGGUUUGCUUCAUGGAAUCCCGACGACUAUGGAACCAAAGCAGCUCACAAACCUGCAGAACCAAUCUUCACAGGCUUUCGGGAGUCGGGGUAUGCAACCUCAUCAGGGGCACCAGAACAACUCCUUACUAAUACAGGCUCAGAUGUUAAACGAACCCAAUGGCAGUCAAGUUUCGAGGGUCACGCAGCCCAUAUUAUCUAACGGGAUGUCUAGUGAGCUAUUGGCACGAAAUGGUAUUGUUGACAAUUCGCGUGGUGCCAUAUACCAACCCGUGUCCCAGGCCGAUUUCUCGGUGAAUCAUAAUACUGAGAUGCAGAACAAUAGUUUCGUAAGUGGCAACUCGGGAAUGUCAUCAUGUCUAGCAUCUAAAAGGAUGAUGAUCCCGGAAGAAGUUAACUCCGAUGUCAAAAGACCAAGAGGCGGCGGGGGCUUUGCUCCUCCCAGUUACGAUAUAUUCAAUGACCUCCAACAGCAUAAAGCACAAGACGACUGGGGCGUUGGGGCAGUUUUCGAGGCCUCUCGUCUCCCAAAUGCACAAGGAAGCCUAGAUGCGUCACCAUCGGUGAUGGUUCAGCAAGGGUUUUCUUCAAAUGGGCGGGUGUCUAUUGGCAAAGCUGUGUUUCCAAGUGGGCAAGAAAGCGGGAACCCAAUGGUCGGUCCACAAUUGAACUCGCUGCUGGGUGGCAAUUCGAUAACAAUCAAAGCUGAAAGACUUCCUGAUACAAGCUAUCAGAACACACUUUUCCCCGUCGACCAGCAUGGGCAGGACGACCUCAUGAGUGCACUUCUCAAACAGCAAGAAAGCGUAGGAGCAGUUGAAAACGAGUUCAGCUUCGAUGGAUAUCAAUUGGGCAAUCUUCCAGUCUAAGGACAUUCCCGCUGUGUACAUAGUUGCUCCUCGUUCAUCUGAACUUUUAACCUAAUUGCUCAAACACGUACGGGAGGGAGAUUCAGUUGCAGUUGCUGCAUCUACCGCGUGAUUACCCGGCCUGUUGGUAUGUUACGUUGGAUUCGAGCCCCGAUAAAUUGUAGGUGGGUGUGUGUACUAUACUAUACUGCUGCAUGAUAUGCAAAGGCAUAUAUACAUGCAUGCAAACCAACAUUUUUGACUGCCCAACAACACCCCAAAAACUCUUAACUUUAAUAAUAUUGUUAUUGUUAUUACUUUCUUGGAUUUAGUCUUCUCAUGUACAGAUUCUAUUUGAUUGCUCCAGCCAGAUACAAGCCUUGCCUUGCUAGCUUCAAUUCCCCACUUUUAGUUGCCACUCUCAACAUUCUUCUUGUUUCUUAAUGCCUUUAUGACUUGGUUACUAAACUAUUUGUGUUUA